UCUUCUUCUCUCUUGAAUUAAACUAAAAAAAAAAAAAAUUCAGCAGAUCAAAGUCAUAAAAAAGAUAUCACAGCCACCGGAAACAAAUUCGGCGGCUGCGAUCUUUGCUUUGGAACAGAAAGAAGCUACCACGCUCUAGAUCUGCCGCGACUCGGGGUGUUCACCUCGACCUGGGCUAGAUCGUGGCGGUGCAAGGCCAGAUCGCGGCGGAUCGGGUGACAUCACAAGGUGUUGUUUGUUUAAAGGGGUUGCUCUUGAACAAUUGGAAUUGUCAGACUUUUAUUGAGUUUGUACUUCACCAUGCCCUCCAAAUUCAAGCUCAAUUCAAGCCCUCCCUCAAGAGGACGCCGGGAAAUUCAAGGAAGCCCCUCCUUUCUCAGGAAAAGCUCGGAGAAAGAAAACACUGGCACUGUGACAGACCAAAGGCCAUGUUUCUACAAGAUCAUUUGUGACGAGGAACCAGAACCAAAGAAGAAGUUUCCACGGCAAUUCUUGAAGUACAUAUCAAAGGAGAUAUCUGAUACAGCAACUUUGAGAGUUGUCUCUGGUGGGUUGUGGACGGUUAAAGUGAAGAUCAUUGGAAACGAUGUGUUUAUGGAGGAUGGUUGGCCGGAAUUUUUCAGAGGUAACUCUUUGAGGAUCAAGGAUUUUCUGUUUUUCCAGUAUGAUGGAAAAAUGUUUUUCAGUGUCACGAUUUUUUACCCAAAUGGAGUGGAAAGAAUUGGAACAUCUAGCAUCAGAAUGCCUCAAGAAUCUGCAGGGAUUUCAACUGGUAAAAGGCCUAGGGGAAGGCCAAGGAAGAACCCUGUUGAUACUCUGAACCGCCAGUAUACUUCAUCAAACUCCUAUGAUGAAAGCUUGUCAACAGAUCAAGGCCUUGCAUCUCACAAAUCCAAGAAGCUUAAAACGGCUCACAAAGGAGAGAAUGUGAAUGACAAAUCCCAAAGUCUUAAAACCACACAGAAAGGGAAGAAUGUGAACUACAAUUCCAAAGAGCUUCAAACAAAAGAGAAAGAGAAAGGAAAGAAUGUGAAGGCACCGUUCCGAGACAGAAUUGAGAGUUCAAACAAGCAACCGAAGAGAACUACAAUGGAACCAAGUCUGGAAAAGAAACCUUCCAAGAAAAGUCAUCUCAUCAUCAUAGACUAGUUCAUUUUAAAUGAUGUUGUUUGUGCUUUCACUUGGUUGAACUUCAGAAUGUCAUGAUUGGUAGUUACAACCUAAUCUAAUUAAAUUAUAAUAUGUAGAUUAUGGCAAGAAAGACAGGUCCUCUGCUUCUUCUGCUGUGGAUUUUGGCAAUAUUGCUUUGAUUUUAGAUUCAAG